AUGUGGAUUGUCUCAUUUUGGAUAUUCCCACUGCUCUCAGCAUGCAUGUGGCUUGCAAUGUUGAUUGCCAUGCUGGUCAGCUGGGUCAGGGACGGAAGACCGCAUUACCCGAGUAUGGAACAGGGACAGACCAUUGCAUACAUUUCAGACGUCGGCGCCGAGCGUCUCAAGCCACUCUUUGUCGGAGGCAGCGUGGUCACCGUGGUAUUCCUCGACCUGGCAUUCCUCGCGGAGAGAUGGCUCCGACACUCGAACCAGCUGGCAGGGAACAAGGGCAAAUUCGACAAAGCGUGUGCGGUGUUAUCGAUCUUCUUUGCGAUUGCCGGUGCAGCGGGUCUGAUUCUACUUUCUAUCUUUGAUACGCUCCGCCACCCAAAGAUGCACGAUGGGUUCCUCGUGCUCUUCCUUGCUGGCUAUGUCGUCAGUGCCGUAUUGAUUUGCGCCGAGUACCUGCGCAUUGGAAUUUUCUAUCGCCGGGAACACCGCGUUUUGCUAGCUAGCUUCUUCAUCAAGCUUGCGUUUAUCAUUAUCGAGGUUGGACUCGCUAUUGGCUUUGGUAUCUGCAUGAGCGGUAAAGGAGGCUCGCAGAACACCGGUGCCAUUCUGGAAUGGGUGAUCGCGUUCGUGUUCACUGGUUAUGUCCUUUCCUUCGUUGUUGAUCUCUUGCCCUCCGUUCGCACUCGCCGCCACGUGCCUCAGGGCGAGAAAUACAUGGGACAUGGUGGAUUCGCUGGAAGUCCGGAGGAGAAUGUGUCCAUUGAGGAGCCGCUGACCCAUGACUCUGCUGGACCCAACACUGGCUUCUAUCGUGGCCAGCGGGUCUAA